UGAACCACAUGGAGCAGCAACCUUCUUCUACACACCAAAUGGAUUUUUCGCGACCUAGCGCCAAGUCCAGGGUAACCUGGCUGUUCAACGACGACGAAUUCAACGAGUUUCGCUCAGAGGCCUUCCCUGUGGCAUCCCGCGCGCCCACCCCUCCCCUCACUCAGCUGGACAUCCUCAAUCUUCUGGAAGACGAGGAGGAGGAACUGGAGUUCGACAUCGUCAACAUUGACACUGAUCUGCUAAGGGUGCCGAAGAUGCUGUCUUAUGAUACUAUGGAAAGAGGAUUAGCUGAGAGCAUCAUGAAAGUGUUGGACGACAAGUCCAAAAAAGAAAUGUCCGUCGACGAAAAAAUUGCAAAAAAAGAUAAACUCAAAAUCUCAACAACGGCGGUGGCAGACAGACAGCCAGAACCUAUCCGUUACUCGGGACCACCAAAUGCUUUUCUUCUGGAACUUUUUGCGAUGCACCCGGAUUAUGAUGAAAGAUAUGGAUUCGACAUGCUGGAAGCAGCUUAUGAGCUGUUCCCUGACAGGGAUUACUGUGUCAUGUGCCUCCCAUCUAACCACCCUUCAUUUCCACUUUUAGAACACUUCACGCUGGUGACCCCUUAUGGAACUCGGAUGCGGUUUAUAAAUGAGACGCUUUACGUUGCUCACGUUAAUUCUGUAAGAGGAGACGUCCAGGUGCGUCCGGGAGAAGCCAGCGACGUGGUCUACCUGAAUGACAUCUUGGAGCACACUCCUCGUGGACAGUCUCUGAUGGAGCUCUUCGACUCGACUCUGUAUUCCCGCACUUUGUACUCCUUCAUCCUUUUGAGCCAGAAGCAGCCGAUCGGCAUGGUUAUACUUGGACCUCUAGAGGACGGCACCGCAAUACGAACGCAGUAUGAUUUGGACCCAGAACCUCGACGACCUUGCACGGACGGCACAGUGUUGGCAGGCGUCAUGUCGCCGGCGUUGGAACCGCACGGGCGCUGGUACAUGCGGGACAUUCUUCGACAGUCGCACUACACGACUCUCCUUUGGAUCUGCAGGCUGUUCGCUAAAGGAGAUGUGAGCGCGAGCCGCAACCUGAUGUCGCUGGCGGGGCACAUGACACCGGUGCGCCCGCGGCGAGCCGUGCCCAACAUCAGCGGGAAUAAGGAGCUGGACAAGAUAUUCCAGGAUAUGGCAAUGCCUUUCGCUCUAUGGGUGCUAGAGCGGCCGCUGUCCUGCCUUCCCAAGGUGUUCGUCAACAACAGUAUCGUGGUCGUUGGAGCCAGUCGGACUGGACUGGCUUUUCUGGAGUCUUUGAUAAUGGGCCCCGCGUCACAGUACCUAACGUUCAGCAACGUGACCCUGGUGUCUGAGCACGGCCUCCCGACGGUGGUGGAGUGCCUCAAGGCGGCUGACACGUGCAUCUCUCAUGAGGGACGGUAUUCGGACCGGUAUCUCAAGAGCGUGCCGUUCUACUACUAUGUGGAUGUCAUGUCUGCUGUCAUGGUUAAUAUUGACAGGAAAAUGAAAUGUAUCCAACUGAAAAGCGGUGGUGUGAAGUUUUAUGAUGAGCUGGUCCUUACUUGUGGCAAACAAUUUCAGCAUCCAGAUUACUUACACCAAUCGCUUGAAUUGGUGAAAGAGGUCGAGAAAGGAAAGCCAUGUGACAGGAUCCUGAUGGAUAACCCGGAAUACCAGCCGGACCGGGUCCCUGCGCCUCCAGAAAUGCCAGAUAAUCUGAUGUUGAUCAACUCUCUCUUCGAAGCGAACUCCUGCAUGAGGAAACUCAUGCGCAUGAUCAGUGAUGCAAAGGACACAAAGAACUGCCUCAGCGAAGAGAACCAAGUAGUGGUGUACGGGGAGUGCGUGGAGGCUUACAACUGCCUAUCCGCUCUUCUGGAGCUGGGAUUGGUGCCAAAAAUGGUGGCUUUUGUGGAGCCCUUCCCGCCCGAGGACUCGUCUGCCUUGAGGGUUAACUGCUUCAAUAAUGAGACGGUGGACGGAAGAAUUCAAGGGAACCUGGAGAGACUUGGGUUCCGAAUUCUGAGGCAGUGCUGCUUGGCCGGUUGGAGGCAGGUUGAUGCAAGGAUCGAGGAGAUCCAUCUCAUGGCGCCACUCCAUGCCAUCAGGCUGCCAUGUUUUGCCUUCUUUUACUACGGCCUGAAAGCUAUUGACAUCAAUGCUUUUAAAGCCAUAAACGAAAGCGGUCUAGUGUACGACGGAGGCCUGAUAGUAGGCCCGUCGUUCGAGACCAACGAUCCGCACAUCUAUGGCGCCGGGCCCUGCACCAGAUACUCUCGGAGGCUAUAUGCAGCGAGGGUCCCGCACCACUACUACUGUUCCGAAGACGUGGGCGAAGCGUUGGCGCGGAUAUUCCUUCACAAGCUCGAUCCGUUCGUGAUGGGUGACCCCGGCGUUGAUCAACCGAUGACUGAUCUCUUACCAAGAUACAGCUCCAGCUUGCUGGCUUUCAGAGGCUCUCAUGCAAGUAUGAGCAGUGCUACAAAAAUCAAUCUGGGGGUAACAUCAAGAAGAUGGCAACCGGUGAUGAAGUUUGAGUCGCCAAUCGUGCAGUUCUCGACUUUACCGGGGCCGGUGUACUACCUGACUGUUAGGAAGCCGGGGCCUGUGAUACCAAUGGAGGUGCAGCUCUCGUUGCCACAUCAGGGCCACACGCUAGUAACGGACAAGCGCGGCAACUACUUCCGCUUACAACUGAACGCGCUGCACUGCGUGGCGAGCGUCACGUGCCUCUCCAAGAGGCACUUCUCGCCGGAACUGCUGAGCCAGCUGUAUGGCAAGCACGAAGCGUUCUUCAACAAGCUGCUAGCUAGAUACAAGAUGGGUGAGAUCGACGACCUGUAUGAGUUCUUCACGCAGCCGUGGAUGGCGGCGCUCUACCAGGAGACCUUCAGCGACCUGCUCAGGGAUAUCAACGAGCAGGACGUGGGAACUGUGUACGAUCUCGUGAAGUCCCGGUACUCUAUGGCGGAAAGCAAGGCGAGGUCUGUGGUCGUCACGCCGCAGAGCACCUGUGCUACUGAGUCAGCCUGCGACAUGGGGUAUAAGGACGCAAAAAAUCUCGGAACAUUCAGAUCUGUCAUUGACAAAUUCGUCGCAAGAACUAGCAGUGCUCAAAUCGUCCAUAUCCAGAACACGACGGAUAUACCGUCGGAAUGCGGUCAGAGUGAGUUCGUCCGUUCGGAAGCUGCGUCGUUCUGGAAGACGGUGGGCGGAGAGAGCAUCGUGAUUGCCCACAUCGCGCGCUACCUCAACCGGAAUAGUGUGACCAACCCGCACUACGCCAGGCCGCAGCAUGAAUAUCACUGAGGUGAUGUGAAAGAUGAUAUUCUAAUGAGAGUAGUGUUGGGGUAAUACCAAAAGAUCCGAUACCGAUAGAUCUCAGGGCUUAAAACCAGUCAAUCUUACAAUAGAGAUGGUAAAGACCUAUAGGUCUUUUUAGAUUUUAGUUUUUUUAAUAGAGUCAUUCACUACUUCACCUUGAUACCAAGUGUGCACUUGUAAUUGCAUAAAGAGUAGUAAAUAAAGUCAUAAUCGAAACGAGAUCUGAUUAGGGGUGAAUAAAAUAGACCAAUUGAAGGUAGAUUUGUCUGCAGUAUUUGGUCAAAAGAGUAAAUAUUCUUAACUGUAUUAACGUACAAACAUUUUAUAACUUUAUUUUGUUUAUUUAGAUGUAAUGAAUUAUUUUGAAGUUAGUAAAAUAA